AUGAACUACUAUGCACGACUAUGUCUUUGCUUCUGGCUCGUUUUCCCUCUUUGCUUCGCGGUCAACAUUGACACCGAGGGUCUUCCUGAUACUGGCCUAGAUACCUCAGACUGGGUGGCAGGAGAGCUACCGCCUCUCGAAGAUAUGUGGAGUCUAAACGAUAUGCAAAUCGCUGCUAAGAAUGUGAUCGCGAAGCGUCAUUAUGGCGAGCUUUUUACGCGCAUUAUUGGAAAUAUGGAGACUGGGGCAUUAGAUGAGAUUACUUACCAGGCCAACCUGAAUAUCUGGAAAAGUGUCCACCUCAACGGCUAUAGCUUUCGGGACGUGUCAGAUGUUGACCUCUCAACGUCUAUUCUGGGCUACAACUUUUCUACUCCUUUCUUCAUCGCCCCAGCUGCCGAUGCGGGACAUACAAAUCAGUCCGCCGAACUUAUCUACGCAACGAAGUCUUUAGAGGGAAUCGCAAAUGUUUCGCUAGACGGUCAAAUAAUGUUCCACCAGCAAUACGUUUGGUCCAAUCGAUCCCGCCUGGUAGAUGAAUUAAAACGGUUUGAAGACGCUGGCUACAGGGCCAUCUUUUUGACCAUAGAUAAUACUGGCGUCGACGGCAUCAGAUCCCGUUCAUUGCGAUUCACAGGCGCCGGAUACAGUCCGACUCAUUCAGCAACCUUCGACUUGGUCGCUCUUGCCGAGAUACAAAACUUAACGUCGCUUCCUAUCGUUCCCAAAGGUAUCAAAACUGCGGCUGACGCGCGGAUAUGUCUCGAGCUUGGCUUUCCUGCGAUCUACGUGUCUAACCAUGGUGGACGUACCCUUGAUGGUGCGCCUACGGCAGUGGAGAUUCUUCUUGAUAUCCGACAGAAUGCCCCAGAGGUGUUUGAGCGGAUGGAGGUGUACGCGGAUGGCGGAGUGCGGAGAGGAAACCAUGUUAUCACGCUCUUGGCGCUUGGCGCGAGAGCCGGGGAGGAGGGUGUGCUGAGAAUGAUUGACAUCCUCAGAACCGAGUUGGAGACAACGAUGCAGUUGAUGGGGGAAAACAAGGUCAAAAAUAUUAACUCGACUUAUAUCAACACGAAGUUGGUGGAUGCCUUACUCCAAGAUGCCGAGGCACAAGUUGCAACGACUGCAAACUGUAAUGGAGUGAUGUACCACCCGCUCACGUUACAGUAGGAAUGGAACCGUUAUAAACUUGCUAAUAGAGAUGUAGAUAAGCUCGGUACGAUGAAAUACGAUAUUAUCAAU